AUGCCGCCCCACCCCGUCGUAGGCCGCCCCGCCCUACCCCUGACCUCCCAGCCCCACCGCCCGGCCGCCCCGCUCCGCCCCAUCAUCGUGCCGCCCCACCUCCCGACCGCCCUAUCACCAACCUCUCCACACUGCCGUUGUGCCGCCUCGUCCCCGGCCUCCCCACCCUGCCUCCCGACCGCCUCGACCCCGACCUCCCCGUCCUGCCGCCCAGCCGCUCUGCUCCGCCCGGCUACCCCUCUCCACCUUGCCGCCGUGCCCCCGGCCUCCUCGCCCCGCCGCCGGCCGCCCCGCCUCACCACCAGCCGUGCCCGUCGGGUCACCGAGUCGAUCGUGCCGCAACAGUUCCCGGGCCGACCCGGCCCGGCACGAUGGUAG